AUGGCAGCUACCCAAGGCAUUCCACGGCAUUUUCAGAUUUCCAAGCUUAUCAGCCUUGCUCAAACUUCGCAGUUUGCGUGGUUUGGUGGUCAUCUUGUUGUCUUAACAUGCGCUCUACUGUAUUUGCUGACUUUCCGGGGUGGAGCUUCCAGCCUACACAACACACUUUACCGAGUGCUUUAUUUGGGGGUUAUUGAGUCGUUCGGCAUCAUUGUGUACCAACAGCAUUUCAAGCAUCGGGCCCAAACUACUAGUGGCUCAGGACCAGCCCCUACUAUUACACAGCUUUUGCUGCGCGACGACAACUCGUUAUACGUGGCAAUUGCUGUGAUGUGGUUUUUGACACCCAGACUUUCCGUGACGAUGAUCCCGUAUGUGGUUUUCUCGUUUUUCCAUUUCCUCACGUACUUGAAGUCUGUGCUUCUGCCACAGGUUUUCGAAAUUGGACCUGACUCCAGACUGACAGUUUUGAUUGACAAUUUUAUCCGCCAAAACAACGAUCGCUCGAUGGUGUGGUCGAGUUUCAGCGAGCUGGUGUGUGUUGCAAUUGUGUUGGUGCGUGCACUGUUGUGGUACCCCAGAUCGUGGAUUGUGGCUGUCGUGUACUGCCUGUUCAUCAAGAUCCGGUACGAGACGUCGCCUUACACUCGCAGCGGCGUCAAGAGAUGGGAGGUGCGUCUGGACGGGUUGUUGAGCCACCCUAGCGUGCCCGUGGCUGUGAAGAACGCGUAUGUGCAUUUCAAGAACAACGUGCGCCAACUACGAAACUACAAUCUUUCAGGUACCCCUGCCAAGUCCAUGUAG